CGUCGUUUGGAAUUUUCAACCAGCCAACGGAGUCCCAGUGGCCAACUCCAGCAAUCACUUUGAGUUUGAGCGCGAGGCGGUAAACAUGUUUUAGAAACCGAGCUCCUCCGACGACGAAACAGUUAACCGAACGACCCACAGUCUCGCGAACGCAAUUUUGCCAAAUAACAAAAGUGCUUCAACGUUCAGAAAAUAAUUCAAAGAAAAUCAAUCACUUUAUAAGAAGAAAAUAUAUCUCAAAAAGAAACGUAUCUAUCAGUGAAAAUCGCUAAGUGUUCGCAUCGCACCUCCACCGCCAACCGCCACACAAGGAUUACGGGCUAAACGGGCUGUAAAAAAAGCGAUCGAAAAAUGAAAACCAGAAAGUGACCAAGUUGUGCUCCAAUACCGCAUCCACCCACAACCUCAGCUACCAAGCUAAAAAUUACAAAGUUUAAAUCAGCCACCAAGCAAACCAUCAAAAUGACUAACUGCCUGUUGCUUCUCGUGGCCACCAUCCUCCUCAUUUCGGUGAGCACCACGCAUGCGCAGCAGUGCGACUGGCAGUUCGGCCGCUCCACCAUGGACAUCAAGUGCCGAGUGCGGGCUCUGGAGGCGGCCGGAGCUCCGCUGGAUCUCCAGGUGGCCGAGACGGCCAGCCGGCUGGAGGUCCAGUGCAGCCAGGAGCUGCUUCAUGCCAGCGAACUGGCCCCCGGACUGUUCCGCAGCCUGCAGAAGCUGUCGGACUUGCAGCUGGAUGCCUGCAAGCUGCAGCGGAUUCCCCCCAAUGCCUUCGAGGGCCUCAUGUCGCUCCGGAAACUGACUCUGGAGAGCCACAACGCCGUCUGGGGUCCGGGCAAGACUCUGGAGCUGCACGGGCAGUCCUUCCAGGGUCUCAAGGAACUGACUGAGCUCCAUCUGGGCGACAACAACAUUCGCCAGCUGCCCGAGGGUGUCUGGUGCCCCAUGCCCAGCCUCCAGCUGCUGAAUCUCACCCAGAACCGCAUCCGGUCCGCCGAGUUCUUGGGCUUCUCCGAGAAGCUCUGCGCCGGUUCCGCCCUCAGCAACGCCAACGGAGCGGCCAGUGGCGGCUCUGAGCUCCAGACCCUGGACGUUUCCUUCAACGAGCUGCGUUCCCUGCCCGACGCCUGGGGUGCAUCGCGUCUGAGGCGCCUCCAGACCCUCAGCCUGCAGCACAACAACAUUAGCAGCCUGGCCCCUAACGCCCUGGCUGGUCUGAGCUCCCUGCGAGUGUUGAAUCUGUCCUAUAACCACUUGGAGUCCCUGCCCUCGGAGGCUUUUGCCGGAAACAAGGAACUCCGUGAACUGCAUCUCCAGGGCAAUGAAUUGUACGAUCUGCCCAAGGGCCUGCUGCACCGUCUGGAGCAACUGCUGGUGCUCGACCUGAGCGGCAAUCAGCUGACCAGCCACCACGUCGACAACACCACCUUCGCCGGCCUGAUCCGCCUGAUCGUCCUGAAUCUGUCGAACAACGCCCUCACCCGCAUCGGCGCCAAGACCUUCAAGGAGCUGUACUUCCUGCAGAUCCUCGAUAUGCGCAACAACUCCAUCGGCCACAUCGAGGAGGGCGCCUUCCUGCCCCUCUACAACCUGCACACCCUCAACCUGGCCGAGAACCGCCUGCACACGCUGGACAACCGCAUCUUCAACGGCCUGUACGUGCUGACCAAGCUGACGCUGAACAACAACCUGGUCAGCAUCGUGGAAUCGAUGGCCUUCCGCAACUGCUCCGAUCUGAAGGAGCUGGACCUCAGCUCCAACCAGCUGACGGAGGUGCCGGAAGCCGUGCAGGACCUGAGCAUGCUGAAGACUCUGGAUUUGGGCGAGAACCAGAUCUCCGACUUCAAGAACAACACGUUCCGCAACCUGAACCAGCUGACUGGCCUCCGACUGAUCGACAACCGGAUCGGCAACAUAACCGUGGGCAUGUUCCAGGACCUGCCCCGCCUGACCGUUCUCAAUCUGGCCAAGAACCGCAUCCAGAGCAUCGAGCGCGGUGCCUUUGACAAGAACACCGAGAUCGAGGCGAUCCGCUUGGACAAGAACUUCCUCACCGACAUCAACGGAAUCUUCGCCACCCUGGCCUCUCUGCUGUGGCUCAAUCUCUCCGAGAACCACUUGGUCUGGUUCGACUAUGCCUUCAUCCCGUCCAACCUCAAGUGGCUGGACAUCCACGGCAACUACAUCGAGGCCCUGGGAAACUACUACAAGCUGCAGGAGGAGAUCCGUGUGACCACCUUGGACGCCUCCCACAACCGCAUCACGGAAAUCGGAGCCAUGUCAGUGCCAAACUCCAUCGAGCUGCUGUUCAUCAACAACAACAUCAUCGGCCAGAUCCAGGCCAACACGUUCGUGGACAAGACGCGACUGGUGCGCGUUGAUCUCUAUGCCAACGUGCUCUCCAAGAUCUCGUUGAACGCCCUGCGAGUGGCCCCCGUCUCCGCCGAGAAGCCUGUGCCGGAGUUCUACCUGGGCGGCAAUCCCUUCGAGUGCGACUGCUCCAUGGAGUGGCUGCAGCGCAUCAACAACCUGACCACCCGCCAGCACCCGCACGUGGUGGACCUGGCCAACAUCGAGUGCCUGAUGCCCCACAGCCGCAGCGCCCCUCUGCGUCCCCUGGCCACCCUGUCCGCCUCCGACUUUGUGUGCAAGUACGAGAGCCACUGCCCGCCCACUUGCCACUGCUGCGAGUACGAGCAGUGCGAGUGCGAGGUGAUCUGCCCCGGAAACUGCAGCUGCUUCCACGACGCCACCUGGGCCACCAACAUUGUGGACUGUGGCCGCCAGGACCUGGCCUCUGUGCCACAGCGGAUCCCCCUGGACGUCAGCGACCUCUACUUGGAUGGCAACAACAUGCAGGAGCUGGAGGUCGGCCACUUGGCCGGUCGUCGCAAUCUGCGAGCCCUCUACCUGAACGCCUCCAACUUGAUGACUCUGCAGAACGGCAGCCUGGCCCAGUUGGUGAGUCUCCGCGUGCUCCAUCUGGAGAACAACAAGCUCACCACCCUGGAGGGCACCGAAUUCCGCUCGCUGGGACUCCUGCGGGAGCUCUACCUCCACAACAACAUGCUGACCCACAUUUCGAACGCCACCUUCGAGCCCCUGGUCUCCCUGGAGGUUCUCCGGCUGGACAACAACCGUCUGAGCUCUCUGCCCAACCUGCAGUACCGCCACAGCCUCCAGGGACUGACUCUGGGCAGGAAUGCCUGGUCUUGCCGCUGCCAGCAUCUGCGGGAACUGGCCCAGUUUGUCUCCGACAACGCCAUGAUCGUGCGGGAUGCCCAGGACAUCUACUGCGUGGAUUCCGGAAUCAAGCGGGAGCUGGAGCUCAUCGGCAACAUGGCCAACGGACCCGACUGCUCAGAGCUGCUCGACGCCAGUGCCUCGAACAUUAGUUCUUCUCAGGAUAUCGCCGGAGGCUAUAGACUGCCCCUGCUGGCUGCCGUCCUGGUGCUGAUCUUCCUGGUCGUCGUCCUCAUCAUCGUCUUCGUGUUCCGCGAGAGCGUCCGCAUGUGGCUCUUUGCCCACUACGGAGUCCGUGUCUGCGAGCCGCGUUUUGAGGAUGCCGGUAAGCUGUACGACGCCAUCAUCCUGCACUCCGAGAAGGACUACGAGUUUGUGUGCCGCAACAUCGCCGCCGAGCUGGAGCACGGUCGUCCUCCAUUCAGGCUCUGCAUCCAGCAGAGGGACCUGCCUCCCCAGGCCUCGCACCUGCAGUUGGUGGAGGGCGCCCGCGCCUCCCGGAAGAUCAUUCUGGUGCUGACCCGCAAUCUCCUGGCCACCGAGUGGAAUCGCAUCGAGUUCAGGAACGCCUUCCACGAGGCGCUGCGCGGUCUGGCCCAGAAGCUGGUGAUCAUCGAGGAGACGAGCGUCUCAUCGGAGGCAGAGGAUGUGGCCGAGCUGGCUCCCUACCUCAAGUCUGUGCCCUCCAACCGGCUGCUCACCUGCGACCGGUACUUCUGGGAGAAGCUGCGCUACGCCAUCCCCAUUGAGCUGUCGCCGCGCGGCAACAACUACACCCUGGACCACCACGAGCGCUUCAAGCAGCCCGUCUCCCCGGGCAUGAUCUUCCGCCAGGCUCCCCCGCCACCGGCCUACUACUGCACCGAGGACAUGGAGGCCAACUACAGCUCUGCGACCACUGCCACCCCCUCGCCCCGGCCAACCCGCCCCGGCCAACCCGCUCGCAUCGUUGACUCCAUGCCCAUGCCCAUGCGCCCGCCCUCGGAGCACAUCUACCACAGCAUCGAGUCGGAAUACAGUGCGUAUGAUCAGCACGAGGCGCUCUCCAUGAUCCCCACGGGUCUGAUGCACCAGCAGCAGCAGAUGCGUCUGCACCAGCAGGCGCAGCAGCAGCAGCAGCGCUUGUUGCAGCCCCAGUUCCGGGCUAUGCCCCAGCAGCAGGCAACGAUGCCGGUCGCCUCGGCGCCCGUACAUCUGCGCAGUGGAAGCGGUCUAAGCCAGGCCAGCACCAGCACUCAGUCGACGGCGCAGGCCUCCACUUCCGCAGCAGCGCAGCAGCAGCAGCAGCAGCAACAGCAACAGCAGCAGCAGCAACUACAGGCAGCUGGCAGCAGCGAAGCGGCCAAUAAGAACGGCCAGGCUUUCCUGGUGUAAGCUCCCUGGCAGUACAGCUGCCAUCUCUUUCACCCUCGCACCACGAAUCCUGCGCAGGAGCGGCCAUCUUGAAGCUGAUCGUUCUCUGGCGCGGAGGAAGAGGAAGCACAGGAGCAUAAUACAGGAGCAACCAACCAACCAACACACACACACAGAUCCAAAACAAAAAGACUUUUUCGUAGGCAUUUCUUGGACAGCAACAUUUAUAUACAUACACUCGUACAUAUUAAUAUAUACAUAUAUAUAUUUUUUUUGAGCAUUUCGCCUUCGGUGUUCACGUGUUGUCGUUGUUGUUGUUGAUGUUCCAUAGCUGUGUAGCACUGCCAAAAAAAAGAAGCACACACACACACACAACAUACAAAUAAAAAACAAAAGCAAUUAGACACCAACACAGAAGUAGGGGAAGACCAGAGAGCAUAUAGAAUACAUUACCUUUAAUUAAUUACCAUAAACGUAAACGUAAAGAAACAAUUACUAGAAAUGUUGCAAAAACACUUUCAAAUUCAAUGUGAUAUAUUAAUUAACUAUAAUUAAAUCGGCACCAGCAUCGGAUUGCCCCUAACUGUAAUGCAUAGACCUAUGUAGUAGUUCUAGCCAGGCGAUAAAAGAACGUAAACCUAAAACUAAACUAAACUAUUG